CACAGACUUUCUGACUUGACAGUGCUGGUGUUUCUGCGGGUCCAGGACGAGGUGGAUAGCAGCCGGAUAUAAAUCUAUAAAGAUGGCCUCAGCAACAGCGACCUACGGGCAGAAGGAGUCUUCGGACCAAAACUUUGACUAUAUGUUCAAGAUCCUCAUCAUUGGCAACAGCAGUGUAGGCAAAACCUCCUUCUUGUUCCGCUACGCCGACGACUCCUACACACCGGCCUUUGUCAGUACGGUGGGCAUUGACUUCAAGGUGAAGACUAUCUACAGGAAUGACAAGAGGAUCAAAUUACAGAUCUGGGACACGGCGGGGCAGGAGCGUUACCGCACUAUCACCACGGCCUACUACCGAGGAGCCAUGGGCUUCAUCCUCAUGUACGACAUCACUAACGAGGAGUCCUUCAGCGCUGUCCAGGACUGGUCGACUCAGAUUAAGACGUACUCGUGGGACAACGCCCAGGUGCUGCUGGUCGGGAACAAGUGCGACAUGGAGGACGAGCGGGUGGUGGGCGGAGAUAGAGGCCGGCAGCUGUCUGAACACCUUGGUUUUCAGUUCUUCGAGGCCAGCGCCAAGGACAACAUCAACGUGAAGCAGACCUUUGAGCGCCUGGUCGACAUCAUCUGUGAAAAGAUGUCGGAGAGCCUGGACGCCGGAGAUCCUGCUGUCACAGGGGCCAAACAGGGGCCCCAGCUGACAGAGCAGCCCGCUCCUCCUCACCAGGACUGUGCAUGUUAAAGCUGACUACCUCACCCCCCCGCCCCAAACCCUUUUUCUCCCUGUUGCUCUUUGUCCUCCUUCAGCUGGACCCCGGGGCCUCGGGUCAAAUACUCCCAUCACCCUUUUCACUCACUUUCCUGCUUCUUUCUGUAACCUAGUAAGGAUGAUUGGCUGACGGACACAGGAGCCAGAUUGAAAAGUGUCUGAAAUGCUCUGAGAUGGACCAGUGCUGAGCCGUGUCUGCGUCCGGUUCCUCCUCAUUAAAGAGCUUUAAAGGUGUUUAUUUUGAUCAGUGCUGGUGUUGGUCUGAUGCCAAACCAAGUUCAAUCAAACCAGAGUGUUUCAGACUCUUUGCAAACCAGGUUCCUGAAGGUUCCCGACCCAUCAUUUGUUGUCUCCUUGUUCCUCAGUAUGGUUUUACAAGAAGGAUUUGACGGCGUGCGUCCUCAGAGUGCCAUUUGAAUCCUUCCGAUGUUUACAGUGCUUUGUUUCCUAUCAGUCAAAUACCUUGAUAAGAUGUCAGCCUCGGAUACGGUGACCAAGAAGGCCACAGAGGAGGUAAUGUGGCAGGGCUGAUCCAGCUGAAAUCUGAUCCAAACUAAUGUGCUACGUUUCUUUUAGGGUUUAGGAUAGGACAGAAUCAAGCAUGCAUGUAUCUGUGUUUCAUAUGUUGUCUCACCUGGUAUCUAAACAUGGAUAUUGCAGGUGUUAGCAAGUGUUUUGUUUUCAUUAUUCAUCUGAGCCUUUUCAUUUGGCCUUUUUUUUAUGUUUUUUUUUAUUCUGGUACCCCCUUUAUUCUUUCAACACCGGGUGUGGAAAAUAUGAACAAGAUAGAGCUACGUAAAAGUAGCAAAACAUUAAGAGACAGCUUUUAUUUAAUUAUAUUUAUUUCAAAUGUACAUAUAAAUGUUGUGCAAUAUAUAUAUAUAUAUAUAUAUAUGCAUUUCCUGAAAUUAAUUUAGAAAGGUAUCAAAUAUAAGAGGUCUAUGUUGUUGGGUUUGUUUGGAUGAUGUGUGGAAUUGUUUUGUUUGAACCCUCGCAAGCUCCUCCAUGAGUCGUUUUAUUUCCCUGUCGGUUUAGUCUCAUGCUGCCCUCCAGAGACGUCACAAACUCCCCGCUUAGAAAAUAUAGUAAAUUAAGUCUGAAUUACAAGUUAGAAAAUUACAGAUAUGUUUCUCGUCCUCCAAAUCCACUCAGUGGGAUUUCCAGCCAAUGUAAGGGUAUCUGGAAGGCAUUUUGGCAACAAAGUUGUGCAGUUGUGCUUGCGAACAAUGCUGCAUAUUGAUGUUACAGUAUUUGACAUCGGGCAGAGAAAAUCUUGCAGGUGAUGCUAGAGAAGUUGAACUGAUGUGAUCUUAACAGCAGACAAUUGCUACUUUAUGAAAUAAAUUUCAUCAUUCUCUAAAACAUGAUGGAAUGGGUUAGGAAGAUGCAAACAUGUUGGUCUGUUUGAUGCAUCAGGAGACAUUAGGAUAACGUGUGACAUACCACCAACACUCAGCGAUUUAAUGUUUCCUUGCUUAGCGACAAACAGCCCAACAGUAAGCAACUUCCUCAGAAUCAGUAUUGGAGUCUAUUUGACUGUGUGUAAUGUUAGCUCAGUCUUCAGGUGAAGUACGGACAGCACUGUUUAAUUAACAAGCAUCAAACAGCUGGAGGCUGAAAUGUUCACAGACCAGGUAGCUGAGUUUCUAACAUUAGUUUCAAGUCAAUGCAGGAAUUUAAUAUUUUGUUCUGAGGUUUUCUUGGUUGCAACGGCACAUUUCCACUAACAGCUGUGUCUACAUUGCAUCACUGGGCGUGCAUUGUUCCCCCUCCACCAAACACUGAACUUGUUUUAAUACAGUUUCCAAAGUUAGAACUAGUCUGCUGUGUUCUCCUUCUUUUCACUUCACCACAGAUUGCUGUAGAAGAAGCUCACUGUUUUUGUAGGACACCACAAUGAGCAGUGUGACAAAAGUCUAAAACUGUAAAGAAACGAGUGACGAGAGAGAGGAUAGGUUGAGAGAGCAAAGCACUAUAACAAAAUCAUUAUGGAGGUCCAAAUCAUCGACUUCAUAAAGUCAGAGACUCUGGCUGUGUGAUCAAAGCAAAUCUGAUUCAGAAAGUAUUUAUUUUGAGAGUAUACAAACGGCAAAACAAAUCUGAAAUCACAGAUGAGCCACUGACUGUUAGAGUUUGAGAAGAUGAGGCCCCAGUUAAAGUGUUGCUUAUUAUAAGAAAAGGAGUGAUGAUGACAAACCUGAGAGCUGGUUUUGAUCCUGGCUAUAUUUUACUUCUUACUGGUUGUGACUAAAAUCCAGGGUUUAGACUAAAAUGUGUUAAAAUCCAAACUGUUAAACUGUUCUCCUUUCUAAUAUGUCUUCCUCUCUAUAUAAACCAGUUCUGUAAAUACUGUUUUUUUGAGUCAUAUUUGUGGAUUGUGUUGUAUCGACUCAGGCUUGCAACAAAGAAAAAAAAAAAAGACAGUUAAAACCUGAAACCCCCCCUCCCCCCAAAAGAGCCAUGUUGUACUGUAUCUGCAUUCAUUACUAGGCCUGCUUGUGAAUGAAUGUGUCACUCUGUUACAAAAGCAAUACACACUACAGUAUCUACACAAAAGAGAAAUGCCAUCAAGCUUGGUAGAAGUUGCCGACUUUAGAUCUUCUACUAGCAAGCAGGAACAUGUACUUUAUUUAGUCUCGUGUCACUGCCUCUUCACACGCUCCUCGGUUUGGGCCAUUAAGCUGAGAGAAUAUGCUGUGGAUGUUUUUAUCUGUACUUUGUGGUAAAACAAUAAAAAGUUACUAACAA